AUGUCUUAAAUCAUUCGGAAUAUUUCAAGCUUAAGAGAAGAAUGGAAAUAAUUGGUGAAAAAAAGGAUAAUUAAGAACAAAAGAAGGAACUAAUAUACUGUACCGUAUUAAUUCAAUAACACUCAAAACAAAAAUAUAAGGAAAGCUGACUUACUUCUGAUCGUAAAGAAUAUUCCCUAUACAAUACCUAAUAAAAAUGUAUUUAAACUCAAAACAAACAUCCAAUUCUCUAUGAGCAUAAACAAUGAAUACUCUUUGGGUUCGCUUUCAAUUGACCCUCAUUCAAACAAUUAUAAAGUAGUUAGAAUUGAUAAAAGAAAAAACCUUACUAUUUUAACAUUAGAUGAGAUACAUAGACCUAUUACACCAUCAGAUGUGCUUUAUUAAAUCUUUAAAACCAGAAACGAAUAAUUAGCAGAAGCAUUUCACCUUUAUGAAUAAAGGAAUCUUGAACCCUCAAAAUUUAAAAUAAAUUAAAUCUCAGAAAUGAUUGAAUUUGAAUCAACUAUCAAAGGUUCUCCAUAUGCAUGUUACGUACAAAUAUAUGAGAAUGGAAUGUGGAGAACAUUUUAAAAGAUAUUUAAUUAAAAAAUGCUUUAAGUAUUAGCAAUUUCUGAAGAAAUGCUUAUAAAUUACUGUAAUGAAACCAAAUUGAUUCCCCUGAGCGCAUAUAUGGAUGCAUCUGAUGAAUAACUCAAGGUAUUCUAGAAGAUUUUCUCUGGAAGAGCAGGAUAACUUGAAUCUAAAAGAGACUAUAUAAAUUAUAAUGGUGAUAGAUUCACUGCUACUUUGAAGAUUAAGAGUUUUUUCAUAAAAGAUGAAAAUAAGGAUUAGUUAUUUGAAUAUACGUAUUGCGUAACUGAUUGUGAAAAUAAAUGGAUUUCUGAAGAUAGAGCAAAAAGGAAUUAAAGGGAAUAUUUCAAUAUCAAACCAAGUAAUUCUACGACAGAUGAAUCAUCAUAUAUAGAGUGCUAGAAAAGAUGUGGAUUCAAGUAAAUGAUCUGA